GUUUGAGAUGAUGCGGAUGUGUUGGCAGUACAACCCUAAGAUGCGUCCGGCCUUCGUGGAGAUCAUCGGCUCUCUGAAGGACGAACUGGAUCCCUCCUUCAUCGAUUCCAGCUUCUUCUACAGCGCCGACAACAAACCGCCCGACGCCCCCUCGCCACCUCACCUGGAAAACGCCGCCACCUUGGAAGUCGUUCCUCUGGAGCCUGCUGCCUCUUCCUCCUCCUCCUCACAGCAGACCCCCCAACAACAGACGCCACCUUCCCCGAAAACAGAGGCUCCUCCUGGGCCUUCGUUAGCUCCAAGUUCCCCUCCUUCCUCCCCUCCUUCCUCCCCUCCUUCCUCUCCACCUUGUACGUCUAGCGCCUCAUUGGACAAGCAGGCAAUCGGACAGCAGCAGGCGGCCAAUGGGCUGUCGGGGGCGGGACUAACGGCGUCAUUGGAUGAACUUCCUGCGUACGCUCACAUGAACGGAGGACGAAAAAACGAGCGAGCGAUGCCCCUCCCCCAAUCCUCCGCCUGCUGAAAAACCCUCGAAACGUUUCUUUUGUUUUAAUACAACGUCCACCAGCUGGAAGGUGGAGUCACUAAAGUUCACUGUACCUCUUUAUCCCCCCUUUUUUCAUAUUUUUGGUUUCUUCCCGCUGGCUGUCACGUGACACUGAGUGGGACAAACCAAAUCAAAAAGGGGGGUAACAGAAAGGGAAUUUAAAGAGGGGUUGUUUCUCCCUUCUCUCUUUAUGGCUGAACUUAUUUUAUAAAUUGUCGUUUGUUACUUUUUUUACAUGUAUUUUCAAAUGACGGAGAACAAAGGCCUUUAUCGAUGACCGGCGUUUUUGGGCGGGCAUUAACGGUGUAACUGUUGCAUAUCUUAAUGAAGAAGCACUCCAGAGAACAAACAAACAACCACAGGGACGAAAAAAAGAAAAGGUCAAAUCUGUUGCCAAAAUUGUUGCCAAAAUUGUACUUUUUGUAAAAUUCUUCAGUUUUGCUCUGAAGAAAUCUCCAACACACCAGAUCAAAAACAAACAAAAACAAGCGCUUUGAUUUGGUUCUAGGCGAUAUUAAAACCAGUGUUCCCAGGGGUAAUUCACACGCCUACAGACUAUUUGUUUAUCAAUUACUCACCUGUGUUACCUUGGAGUUCAUUCGUUUCUUUGCACACCUCCACGGUGAACGACGAGUAAACAAUGUUUGAUAUUUCUUGAUAGAUUGUGGUAAAAUUCGGCGGCAAAACAUCUGUUUCUUACACGACUCAUGCACUAUUAUCUAAGUCUUUAUUUUAAACCCUUGUGCGUAAACAGCCGUACGUUAGUGAGCAAAGAAAUCAUCCAUGUGUUUAGUGAGUAAGCAAAUGGAUAUAUUGUUACAAAAUAUAUAUUUAAAUAGUUUCUCCUAUCUAGUCAGAAGGAAAUUACGACUUAUCUCCUGCUUGUUUUGUACAACGCAUUAUUCUAUGUAGACGAUACAAAAUUAUACAGUUUAACAUAAAUAUAGACUAUAACUGAGUUUCUACAUUUAUAAACCGAUGUUUGGAUGUACUUUGCUGUCGUUAGAUACCGCCCCCGUUUACUUCAAUUUAUCAAGAAUUUUCACCAAUUUUGAUAAUUGUUUUUAACCAUAAAAGCAAGUUAAGAAAAAUGCAAUCUAAUUCAAAAUAACAAAGGGUGAUCGAUUGAUACCCGAAUGAUCACUUUGUGGGUGAAUUGUCCUUAACUUCCCUCUACAGUCCUUCGCUGCUCCUCUACGGCGGUUUGCACCGGAGAGGAUGAGGGCCACGUGUUCAUUUGCCUUUCUGACCAAAAGGGAUUUUUGCUUUAAAGACAGAAUUUUUUUAAGAAAACUAAAUAACAAAUUCAGAAAUAUCUCAGAUUUUUGAGAAAAAAGUUAGGAUUUUUUAGGACAAUUAUUUAAUCAAAAUAUCGGGCAAAAAUAAAGUUGAGAAAAAAAUUACAUUUUGGGUAAAAAUUCAACAUUUGAGAAAAAAAUCUAAGUUUGGGGAAAAAAUAAGAUUUCGGGAGAAAAAGUCUAAAUCUUUGGAAAAAGUCAGAUUUCUGAGACAUUUUGUU